AUGAACGGACAGAUGAACGGUUUUCAUAACUCCCUUAUUGAUGAGGACUGUUUCCUAUUUACGUCAGAGUCCGUUGGAGAAGGACACCCUGAUAAGAUUUGCGACCAAAUUAGUGAUGCAGUGCUUGACGCACAUCUCAAGCAAGACCCUGAUGCCAAAGUUGCUUGCGAGACCGUUGCUAAGACUGGUAUGAUCCUGCUGGCAGGUGAGGUGACGUCGCAUGCUUCAGUCGACUAUCAGAAGGUGGUUCGUGACACAAUCCGCCACAUCGGAUAUGAUGAUUCCUCCAAAGGUUUUGACUAUAAGACCUGCAAUGUCCUAGUGGCACUAGAACAGCAGUCUCCUGACAUUGCCCAGGGUGUCCACAUUGACCGCAAUGAAGAAGAUGUAGGGGCUGGGGACCAGGGCCUGAUGUUUGGCUAUGCCACUGAUGAGACGGAAGAGUGCAUGCCCCUUACUAUUAUGCUCGCUCACAAGCUCAAUGCUAAGAUGGCUGAACUUCGUCGCAAUGGCACCCUGCCCUGGCUCCGGCCCGACUCUAAGACCCAGGUGACCGUUCAAUACCGCCAGGACCGUGGCGCCAUGCUGCCGGUGCGUGUCCACACCAUAGUGGUCUCCGUACAGCAUGACGAGGAUAUCUGUCUGGAUGAGAUGCGUGACGCUCUGAAGGAGAAGGUCGUCAAGGCUGUGGUGCCCUGCAUUUACCUGGAUGAUGACACUAUCUACCAUAUGCAGCCCAGUGGGCGUUUUGUCAUUGGCGGUCCACAGGGUGACGCCGGCCUGACUGGCCGUAAGAUCAUUGUUGACACUUAUGGAGGAUGGGGUGCCCACGGGGGAGGAGCCUUCUCAGGGAAGGACUACACCAAGGUGGACCGAUCUGCUGCCUACGCUGCCCGCUGGGUGGCCAAGUCUCUGGUCAAGGCUGAGCUUUGCAAGAGGGUCCUGGUUCAGGUUGCCUAUGCCAUUGGAGUGGCUCACCCCCUCUCAAUCUCCAUUUUCCACUAUGGCACAUCCCAGAAGAGUGAGAGGGAGCUGCUGGACAUAGUCAAGAAAAACUUUGACCUUCGUCCAGGUGUCAUUGUCAGGGAGCUGGAGCUGAAGAAGCCCAUGUAUCAGAGGACUGCUGCCUAUGGGCACUUUGGCCGAGACUCAUUCCCAUGGGAGAUGCCCAAAAAACUGAAAUACUAAACCUGUGAAGCUUUUUCCCCCCAGGCCUGUUGGUGUAUACUACAGAGAAGCCUACACGGUCUCAUGGGGUGAAAGGCCCUUAUAACCUAAAUGACGUAUUAACAACUCUACCUAGCCUUCCAACACCCACCCAUUUCAUAUUGCCUUUCCGGUCACUUAGUCUUUUUGCUGUUAUUAGCUUGACUUUU